AUGUCGGUGUUGAAUCUUCGCUUCCUCAUCCUCGCCUUCUUCUGGGCUACCCUCACCAUGGCGCUCAAAGCUCGCGAUGCGAUCCACUUGGACGACCUCGACAACUACGAUGUCUUCCUGUCCAACCUAACCGACUCCCAAUUUCUGGACAUGUACCUCGAGGACAGCCACGUCAAGAUCGACGUCUACGAGAACCCAACAAACGAAAUCGCCAUCACUGCUUCUUUCACCCCAAGCCACAACGCAACAGAGUACUUCCGCCAGACCUCAGCCUUAGCCGAUGAGAAAUUCCCACUUGCCGAAACUUCUAGCGAUUCAGCCUCUGGUUCUGUUGUGAAGAGAGCUGGCUGCUCUUCGCUCGACAGCGUGCAGGAGAGAGACAUUGCGGGUAUCGAGAACCAAAACUCUCGCUGCUACCAGUUCUGUGGCACUAUCGCUAACUGUCGAAACAACAAUGGCUGCCCUCACUGCUACGCUGUUCGACAGGGCUGUUUGUGGCAAAAGUGGUGUCGCUAG